CCCGGCACUUGACAUCACAAGUGGACCAUAUCUGCUCCACCUUCAUGACUUCCUUCCUUUUGGGAGCCCCAUGUGUGGAUCAUGGUGUGUUUAGUAAACUCCAUAAAGUCCGGCGGCUGAUGAUGGAAAAAGAUCCCCAAGGCACGCUUCACCGUGCAACUACUCUCGCUAACCCGCCCCCGCCCUCUCACGCCCUGCAUUAGAGAUAUUGGCUUCACGUCAAGCAGACGUAUAGUGCAAAGCAAUUGCCCUAACAGCUCUUAGCGAGACAGGUUCUCCGCUUCCUUCUGCAGGUUGAAAAGCUGCAUGCAUGGCGAACGUGGCACAUGCGAAGUAAAGAAGGCCGUCCGAGAAGGCAUCUCGCCCAGCACCGCGAGUACCUGCAGGAUUCCUGUCCGACCUUGAUGGGUUGAGGCACCCAAGAAUCUUUCUUUCUUGUCAAAGCCGCUUUCAAAAUGGUGUAUUGUGGCAAGCCAUCCAGGGGAUGUCAGAUGUGCCGGACAAGACGUAUAAAAUGCGACGAAACAAAACCCACAUGCACACAAUGCCGCAAGUCCAGGCGAGAGUGCCCUGGCUACAAAGAUGACUUUGAUCUCGUCUUUCGCAAUGAAACGCAGGCCACUGAGAAAAGGGCGAAGAAGCCAACUGCUAAGGCAAGGAAAGCUGCGUCUCAAGCAGCAGCCCCAUCGAACCGACAGUGGAACUCCAGUGCGGCACCCCCUGGCGCAAACCACCCCGACUCUGCAUUGGUACUCAGUGCGAGACCAGCACAAGUGCCUGCUACCCUCUCUAUUCCAGUAGAGCAGGUUGCAUCACAUUAUUUCUUUACCAAUUUUGUUGCUACGUCAAACAAUGGCGCUUCAAUAGGACUCACGGAUUAUAUUAUCCCGCUUGCCAAUGCGAGUCCAGCGGACAAGCAUUUAUUACUCGCCUUCAGUGCAGCGUCACUGGCCGCAUUUGGCAACCGUCCAAGUGGGAAAGCCCUGUUAACGAAGGCACAAGAGCAGUAUAGCAAAGCUAUACGACAUGUAAACGAUGCACUACGGGACCCAGUGGCGCAAAAGACGGAUGAAACCCUCGCAUCUGUGAUGUUGUUGGGGAUGUACGAGACUAUUCUAUCUCGACCUGUAGCUAUGGCAGCCUGGGGCUCACACAUAGACGGGGCGGUGAUGCUAGUCAAGCUCCGAGGGAAGAAGCAACUUCGGACGAGGGUCGGGAGCGCACUCUUUGUUGCCGUUAGGAACCUUAUGUCCAUCAAUUGCCUGUCGACAGGCAAAAGGCCGGACUGGGACAUCGACCCGUGGAGAUAUGACGAUAAAGAUGGCGACGUAAGGGAGGUUGUAAACCAGCUAGCCCUUCAAAUGGCAGAGUUGCGAUAUGAAAUUAAUGGGUUCAUGACUCUCGCAGAACGUACACCUGAAAAUGUUAGCCAGGUCCAAGAUGCAAUGAGGCGCUCCUGGAAGAUGGAGCACAAGAUCCAAGAUUGGAUAGCCAAACUACCAAACGCCCUACGUUUUACAACUGUUGCCUGGGUGAAGAGCAUUUCAUCUGAUGAACUUCUAGACAGCGAGGUGUACCCGGGAAGAAUCGAUACCUUCCCGGAUGUUUGGAUUGCAAGUAUGUGGACACUUCUUCGUGUUACACGGCUGUUUAUCUCAGGCGCUGUGGUUCGUUGCGCUGCAUGGCUGAACACUUCCGUGGAUUAUCGCACGACACCAGAAUAUGCAGCGGCUGCACGGUUAGGAACGGACUCGGUCAACGAUAUAGUCGCAGGCAUUCCGUACCAUUUGGGCUGGAAAGCAAACAAAGGGCCACUGCAGCGAUUUGCUGUAGCGGGCGACAGUUGUUUUGCCUUCGGUGACAACCAAAACACACCAAGGGCAUUGGGAUCAUACCUUUCUACCUGGCCAAUUUUCAGCGCAAGUUGCAGCGACUUCGCAACAGAUGCCCAAAGGAUAUGGUUGAAGGGCAGGUUACACUACAUUGCAGAUGUCAUGGGGAUCAACCAAGCUGGCACAUUAGCUCUCUAUCAAUUACGCCUCCCAUCCAUGACAAUUAAACGCGACUUGAUGAGCAGAGCCGCGCUGUUGACACAUCAGCUUCCCAACCAGGCCUUCACCCCGCCAUUUACUGCCUCUGUAUCCCCGCCGCAUUCAACCAGCACAGUGCCAUCUUCGACUAGCUACUCCACAUCCCAAGGCACCGCUUACAACCCUUCCUCGACGUCCUCUCCACCUACGAAUCUCCCACCUACAAACCUCCCACCUACAAAUCUCCCACCUACGAGCCUCCCACCCAACUACUCGUCCGCCUACCCUGUACCCACAAGCGCGGCCCCAGGCAACCUGGUCAACGCACCUCAAAUACCGCCCCAAUUCGCAUACCUCUUACGCCAGGAAUCCCGACCCGACGAGCACCUCCUCGCAGCUAUCGAGAGCUCUAGUCAGAAGCAGUGGGAUCAAUGGGAGCGCGAGCGCCGGAAGCGCGAGCUCGAACGGAAGAAAGAGGCGCUGGUUGAAGAGGGGACUGGUGGGGAUAAGAUGUUAGCGGAGCUUCUUAAGAGAUAUUUCCAGGUGGGUAUGAUGGACAAGGGCUGAAUUGGUUGACGGGUUGGGAGAAGGGUAGGACCGGAGUUGGGGCUGAGCGCUAUAAGGCGUAUUAUAGAUGGGAGGAUUGGAUUGCUAUUCUUUGGCCGUUCGGGGGUGGGUAGAAAGGACGGGAGCCUGGGCGACUCUACUGUAUGAAGUGUGUGCAGCGUCCGUGCACCCUCGCAGGUGGCUUGCCUAUGUAUUUUUUGCAUAAAGUAGGGAAGGUGUAUCAUAACGCCACGUUUACGUAUUUAUGUUGUUGGUAUAUAUAUUUUGCUUGAAUAACAAUUAAAGAGCUAC